AUGCCGCCCUUCGCUUCGGGGCUGCUGGUGCUGACGGCGCCGCUGCCCGCGCUGCCCCGGCGGGCGGCGGGGCUGGUGGCGGCGGCGGCGGGGCUGGUGGCGGGGCCGCUCUACGUGCAUCUGCAGCCGGGGCUGCGGCUGGGCGGCCCCUCCGCCGGCCCGGCCGCGCCGCCCGCGGGCCCCGCGCUGCUGCGGGCUCUGGCCGCGCUCUACACGGCGGCGGCGGCGCGGCGGGGGCUGGACCUGCGCGUCCUGCUCGGCCCCGGCCGCCGCCUGGCUCGGCAGCCCGGCGUCCUGCUGGCGCGCCUGGCCGCGGCUGCCUACGGCUGCCCGCCGAGCCUGCCCGCGCUGCUGCUGGGCGAGGACGCCGCGGGCGACGCCGGGGGCGAUCCCGUGGGGGACCCCGAGCAGGAUCCCGACGCGGCGCUCCCCGAAUUCUUGGACGUGGCUGUUGGCGGCACCUUCGACCGGCUGCACGGCGCCCACCGGCUCCUGCUCAGCGCCUGCUGCCUCCUGGCCCGGCGGCGGCUCCUGGCCGGGGUGGCCGACGGAGACCUGCUCCGCCACAAGGUCUUGCCGGAGCUGAUCGAGCCGUACGAGCUGCGGGUGGCAAAGCUGCGUGAAUUCCUGGAGGAUGUGAAGCCUUCACUGUGCUACGACAUCGUGCCUCUGGCCGACCCCUUCGGCCCCUCAGUCACAGACGCCAACCUGCAGUGCCUGGUGGUCAGCCAGGAGACCCGCCGGGGAGGGGAGGCUGUGAACAAGAAGAGGCUUGAAAAUGGGCUCCCCGAGCUGGCUCUCCAUGAAAUCCAAUUGAUGAAGGACCCCGACCACCAUCAGAACGAGGAGGAGAAGAUCAGCUCCUCCAGCCUCCGGCAGAGGCUGCUGGGCACACUGCUGCAGCCCCCACGGCAAGACCCAGCUCUGCCCUUGCGCCCGUACGUCAUCGGCCUGACUGGGGGAACUGGGAGCGGGAAAACCUCCAUCGCCAAGCUCCUGGGGCACCUGGGCGCGUUCGUCAUCGACGCCGACAAGCUGGGCCACGCCGUCUACGUUCCCGGUGGCCCGGCCUACGAGCCGGUGGUGGCGGCCUUUGGGGCAGAGAUCCUGAACGAAGAUGGAACGAUUAACAGGAAAGUCCUUGGGGCCAAAGUGUUUGGAAACCAGGAGCGGCUGAAGAGCCUGACUGACAUUGUGUGGCCCAAAAUAGCCCAGCUGGCAAAGGAGAGAAUCAGGGAGGCUGAAGCUCAAGGGAAGGCCGUGUGUGUGCUGGACGCUGCCGUGCUGCUGGAGGCCGGCUGGCAGGACAUGGUCCACGAGGUGUGGACGGCCAUCAUCCCGGAGGAGGAGGCCGUGAGGCGCAUCGUGGCCAGGGAUGGGCUGACCGAGGAGGCUGCUCGCCGCCGGCUGCAGAGCCAGAUGACCAACAGGCAACGGGUGGAGCAGUCACAGGUGGUGCUUUGCACCCUCUGGGAGCCAGACAUCACCCGCCAGCAGGUGCAGAAGGCCUGGGACCUGCUGCAGCAGCGCCUGAGCCCAGAGCCCGGCCCCUGAGGGACCAUUCCCGUGAAGCUCCGUGUCCUGCCACCGCUGCCCACCACGAGCCGGCGGACGGAGCAGCGUGGGACCGGGACCACCGGCUGUGUCCAGCUCCGGCGAGGGUGCGGGUGUCCUGCAGUCCCCCGGUGAGGGGGAGCCCUGCAGGGCCGAGUCCCGCUGGGUGACAGUAAAGAGGCUGCUCCUGCA